AUGGCAUCUACUUCAACCUCAUCCGUUCACAAAAGCUUUAAGUAUGAUCUGUUUUUGAGUUUUAGAGGCCAAGACACCCGUAAGAACUUCGUUGAUCAUCUUUAUUAUGCUCUUAAACAAAAAGGCAUAUACACUUACAAAGAUGGAGCGAGAAUUAAGAAAGGGGUAAAGAUUAGUGAUGAGCUCAUCGGAUCCAUUGAAGACUCAAAAUUCUAUAUCAUUGUUUUCUCCAAGAACUAUGCAUCUUCCUCUUGGUGUUUGGAUGAGCUUGUGAAGAUAAUGGAGUGUCAUCAGAUGACUGAGCAUACUGCUUACCCCAUCUUUUAUGAUGUGGAACCCUCGGAAGUCCGCAAACAAAGUGGGGCAGUUGGAGAGGCCUUUGCCAAACAUGAAAAUGCUGAGGCUGCUGGGAAAUGGAGAGUGGCUUUGAAAGAAGCUGCCGAUUUGGCUGGGUGGGAAUUAAAGCAAACUGCUGAUGGGCAUGAAGCUAAAUUUAUCCAAAAAAUUGUUGAGAAGGUUUCACUAGAGUUACGUUCCAUCAAUUUUGGCAUUAAUGAAAAACUAGUAGGUAUGGAGUCCCGUAUCAAGGAAGUUAUAUCAUCUUUAGGAACUGGCUUUGAUGAUGCCCGCAUGAUUGGGAUCAAGGGAAUGGGAGGCGGUGGGAAGACAACUUUGGCUAUGGCUGUUUUUGAUCAAAUAUCCCUUUGGUUUGAAGGUAAAAGCUUUGUUGAGAAUGUUAGGGAAGUUUCAAAGGCUUCAUUGUCCGGUUUGAUGUCAUUGCAAAAUCAGAUCCUUUCAGAUGUCUUAAAUGAUCAAGCUAUCAGAGUAAGUAGUGUUUAUGAUGGGAAAAACAUGUUGAAGAGGAUGUUUCCUUGUAAAAAGGUUCUUGUUGUUCUAGAUGAUGUGGAUCAUAGGGACCAGCUUGAGGUGUUAGCAGGUGAUCCUAAUUGGUUUAAGCCAGGAAGUACAAUUAUUAUUACAACAAGAGAUGAACAAUUGCUGGUAGCACAUGGGGUGAAGUUGAUUCAUAAUGUCAGUUUGUUAUUGGAUAAGGAAGCAAUUUGCCUCUUUAGUAGGUAUGCUUUUGGGAGAGAGAUUCCAAUUCAAAGGUAUGAAGAGCUAGCACAAAAAGUGGUAUCAUAUGCUGUUGGUCUUCCCUUAACGAUCACAGUUUUGGGUUCUUCGCUCUGUGGUCAAACUGAGCUUCAAUGGAUAGAUGUCCUAAAAAGACUAAAAACAAUUCCAUUAGAAGAAACUUUGAAAAAAUUGGAAUUAAGCUAUAUAUGUCUAGAGGAGGAUCACAAGGAAAUGUUCCUAGACGUUGCGUGUAUACUGAAAGGUCGGCAUAUAGACUAUGCAAUCACAGCGCUUGAAAGCUGUGGGUUCCAUGCUAGAUAUGGUUUAAGAGUUCUUGAGCAAAAAUCUCUCAUAACUAUUUCCCAUGAUAAGUUCUUAGGCAUGCAUGACCAUAUUGAAGAAAUGGGUAGGAAUAUUGUUCGCCGUUCACAUCCUGGUGAGCCUAGAAAACAUAGCAGAUUGUGGAUUGAACACGAAAUUGAAGAUAUAUUGGCUAAUAACUUGGGCACUAACGCAACAAGAUGUUUACAAUUCAACCAACUAAAGUUCAAUCCAGAAAUUGUUAUGAAAGGUCUUAGAAAGAUGAAGGAACUUAGAUUUCUUGACGUAACUUUGGGACAUGAAUUUAUUUGCUCAAGUAAAACGGAUUCUUUUGGUUUCAAUUCAGAAUCAAAGAGAGUUAACCCAUAUUUUCCAAAUGCUUUACAAUAUCUGCACUGUCGCAAUUACCCUUUUAGGUCUUUACCCAAAACAUUUGAAGCAAAUAAUCUUGUUACACUUAUAAUGAUUCAUAGCGAUUCGGUACAACUUUGGAAAGGGAGUGAAACAAAGGUUAAGAAGCUAAAAUUCCUUUACCUCAGCCAUUCAAAGUUGCAAACCCUUGACCUUGGGAUUACUCCAAAUCUCGAGGAGUUGACUCUUAAUGGAUGUGGUCAUUUGAUUGAACUUCACAUGCCCAUUGAAUGUCUAAAACUUAUAUCUUUAAAUAUUUAUGAUUCAAAGUUGAGAACCCUUGACCUUCGGAUGGCUCCAAAUCUUGAGAAGUUGGUACUUGAUGAAUGUGACAAUUUGGUACAACUUCUUAUGCCCAAAAGAUGUCUAAGUCUAACAUCCCUCACACUCACUAAUUUAAAAUUGAGGACCCUUGACAUUGGGACGACUCCAAAUCUUGAGUUUUUGGAGCUUAGAAGUUGUUAUGAUUUGGAAGAACUUCAUAUGGCUGAUGAAUGUCGAAAGCUUGCAUCCCUUGACAUUAGUUACUCAAAAUUAAGGGCCCUUGACCUUGGGUGUGCUUUGAACCUCAAGAAGUUGGCUCUUGUUGAAUGUGAUGAUUUGGGAGAACUUCAGUUCACCGGUAGAUGUCUAAAUCUGACAUCCCUCAAGCUCAUUAAUUUAAAGUUAAGGACUCUUGACCUUAGGCUUACUCCGAAUCUUGAGGAUAUAGUUCUUGAAAAUGUAUACAAUUUGGAAGAAUUUCACAUGGCUGAUGAAGGUCAAAAGCUCUCAUCCUUCAACAUUAGUCAUUCAAAGGUGAGAACCCUUGACCUUGGUCGGGUUUUAAAUCUUGAGAAGUUGAUAGUAUUUAAAUGUGGAAAUUUGGUAGAACUUCAUAUUACCAAUGAAUGUCAAAAGCUUGCAUCUCUUGACAUUAGUUAUUCAAAGUUGAGGACCCUUGACCUUGGACUAGCUCCAAAUCUUGUUAAUUUGGCUCUUGUUGGAUGUAGUGAUUUUGGAGAACUUCAUAUGCCUAUUGAAUGUUCAAAUCUAAGAGCUCUCUGCAUUCAUGAUUCAAAGUUGAGGAUCCUUGACCUUGGUUUGGCUCCGAAUCUCGAGAAAUUGGUACUUAGAGGAUGCAACGAUUUGGUACAACUUCACAUGCAUUACAAAUGUCUAAAUCUCACAUCCCUCAAGCUCUCUAGUUUAAAGUUGAGGACCCUUGACAUUGGGAUGACUCCAAAUCUCAAGGUUUUAGAGCUUAGCAAUUGUUACGAUUUAGAAGAACUUCAUAUACCUUAUGUGUGUGAAAAGCUUGCAUCCCUUGACGUUCGUCAUUCAAAGUUGAGGACCCUUAACCUUGGACAAACUCUAAAUCUGAAGAGUUUAUGUCUUAAUGGUUGUGGGCAUUUUAAGGAGUUACCUGAGGAUCUUGGCCGGUUAGUAUGCUUAGAGAAGUUAAUCCUAAGGGGUUGUAGGCUUUUACGAUAUAUCCCAAACAACAUUUGUAAGAUGAAAUGUCUAAAAGUUUUAGAUAUUUCAGGUACAUACAUAAGUCAUCUUCCACAGAGCAUUAUUUUAUUAAAAGAACUUCAGAUUAUUGGGUCGAGAGAGCUUCUUGAGUCGUUUGGUUUUACAUCCAAGAUACAAACCAUAAACAAAGGAUCAAUGGAGUAA